AUGUCGUCGACCUCUCCCUCCAAGGAACCCGAGGUGGAACAGGAACCUCAAUCGGGUGAAGAACACGAGCAAAUGGAUAAGGAACAAGAUCUCCAUGGGCAAGGUCAAGGAGAGUUCGAGGUGAAGGAGCAAGAUAGAUGGCUACCAAUCGCAAAUGUCGCGCGUAUUAUGAAGUUAGCGUUGCCAGAGAAUGCAAAGAUUGCUAAGGAAGCGAAAGAAUGCAUGCAGGAAUGCGUGAGCGAGUUCAUCUCAUUCAUUACCAGUGAAGCUUCCGAGAAAUGCCAACAGGAAAAGCGCAAGACCGUCAACGGAGAAGACAUCCUGUUUGCCAUGACCUCCCUUGGCUUCGAAAACUAUGCUGAAGCCCUGAAAAUCUAUUUGUCGAAAUAUCGAGAGACUCAAUCCGCCCGGGGGGAGCCCCGGCAUCCGGGGCCACCAGUAGCCGAAUACGGCGGGGGCGGGCCCGUUGGCGGCGCUGCCAGCGGCCCCUCAGCCGUGCGUUCCAGCGGUGCAGCGGCCGGGGGAGCCUUCCCUGAUGCCUCUGAUAGUGCCGGUAGCAUGAUGAACCAGGGCUUGGACCCUUCUGAACAAGAUACCUCAGCUUAUGGAUAUCCCCCCAUGGUUGGCCAGAGCCAUAACGGCGCGGGUGGGGAUUCCUAUUAG